GAAAGGCAGAGGAUGAAAUUAUACAGUUUACCUCUGUACAUUCGUUAAAUAUUAGUUUAAUCUGUUUUAAAGUUCUAAUUGACGAUACAGCCUUUAAAAUCCUAAUAAGAAGAACACGUAUGACUGGAAGGAAAGUUAACCGUCAAUAGCGUAACAUAAUGGCAAAUUAAGAGAAAAUCUCCAUUUUGCUGUUUCAGAUAGAAGACUGUUUUCAGAGGGACUGUUCAGCGACCGCUAGAGGGGGCGAAAUGUACAAGAAUAUGAAAUGCAGUCCGUUUAAGUUGCAGACGUGUUUAUUUGAAAACAUUAUUAUCGGAACGGUCGAUUUUUGUACACUACAGGCUGACUAAGUAUCGAUUUUACAACUUUUCGGUUAAAGGAGUGUUUUGUUUAUAUGUUGCAAAAAGCGGACUGAGUGAGUGAAAUAAACGAGUGUUGACACGGUUCUCUUGUCACUCCACAAGGCGUCGCUUGACGAAUAUGUUACAAUGCGCACAGAGAAUGAAUAGAGUAAACAACAUUGUGCGUGUGCAUGGCAGUCCCUGUAUUGCAAACAUGGAGUCACUUCCAGUAUACGAGGUCACAUAAUGUAGUCCACUUCCGGCCUGUGAGGUCGUACUGUAUUUGUAUUUGCCGAUGACACGUAGGCUAUUAAAAUAGCAAUCAGGCUAACGGCAAAAUGAGUGAGUGAGAGCUGACGACAUAAUAAAACAUAAAUUUAAGAAUCUGGCUGAACAUUGUGCUGAAAGAAAAUGAUAGUGUACUCGUAGGCAAUCAUAUAUGUCUCUAGAGACGUACAUCUGAAAGAAACAAAUUAACAAUAGCUGGAGAGCUGUUAACGUUAGGACCAGGGAUAGCUAAACAGAUGGGGGAGGUGAGGAAACUACACAAGAAGUUGAGACAGAUUGAAAAUCUGGAGAUCAAACCCACCCUCACCCCAGAGGAGAGAGUCAAGAUAUCCAAGAAGGAGGAGCUUCGUGCCAGAUUGGCUGAGCUGCUGCUGCAGCAUUCUGCCCCCCAGCAAACCCAAGGCAUUGUGGGGGACGAUAAGGAGAAAAUGAAAAGACGAGUGAGUAGAAGAGGCAGCUCAGACGGCCUCGUGUCCCAGGCCGCUGCCCCCAAGGUGCCGAAAGCGGCACCCCAGGAGGAGGGCGGGGAGGAGCAGGCGGACGCACCGGAGGGUGCGGUGCACGGCGGCCCUGCCAGUGUGCGGUCCCCCGCGGUCGGGUCUCAAGAAGACGCGCGGUUUGCGACGCUCAAGGUGGCGUGGGAGAAGGCGGGCUUUCGGCUGAGGCCGCUGGAGGGCCACAGCGACAUUGUGACGUGCGUCCUCGCCGUGGACAACCUGGUGGUGUCUGGCAGCCGCGACACCACGAUAAAGGUAUGGCACGUUCCCACGGCAACCGAGCAGCGCAACCUUGGGGGGCACAGCAGGGGAGUCACCUCGCUGUCCUCGCCGCCCCCCGAGUACUGCAGGAGAUUGGCUCGGCUCCUGUCCCUGGGCGAGAGAGAGCGCUUCGUUCUCAGCGGCUCGGAGGACUGCUGCGUCAAAGUCUGGGCCCUCAGCACGGGGAGCUGCGUCAAGUCCAUCUACACGUUCAACCCAGUGUCGGCUCUGACGUUUAUAUCAGAGGGAGACGGGCACAUCGUCACAGGCUCAGAUGGGGGUAAAGUUGAAGUGUGGAGCUGGGAUUCCAUGGAAUGCUGUCAGUCAGUCAAAGCACAUCAGGACCGUGUGACAUCGCUGCAGUGUCAAGGGCCACUCCUCUUCAGCGGCUCUGCAGACGGGGCCAUCUCUGUGUGGCAGACGCUUCACUCUGACCCUGCCCCCCUGAAGCAACUCCAUCACUGGAGCUCCUCCGUGACUGGCUGCGAGCCGCAGAAUGGUUCCGCCUUCAGCCGCCUGGCUCUCAGUCCCCGUGGAGACAAAGUGUUCCUGGCCAAUGGGAAAGCCAGCCUGAAAAUUCUGGACUGGAGGACAGGCUCUGUGUCCAGGCUGGCCAAUCACAGCAGCGUCGCCGGGGUGACGGACUGUGUCAGUCAGACAGCGGGGAUUCUGAUUGCCUCCUGCUUUGACCUUGCCACGGGGGAGAGUUCCCUGAACUUGUUCUCUCUCCCUCAGUGCAAGUACCUGGUCUCCCUCACCUGUCCGGAAUCUCCCAGAAGCCUUUGCUUCACCGCGUGGCUCACGGCCAGCGGGGAUCAUCGUUGGGUCACGGGGGGCAGGGUGCUUACAGUUUGGGAGCAGCUCCCAAGUAAGAAAAAGCAGAGUGGUGAUGUCACAGUGAGGAGAGACAGCCGAUUGGACGUCCCUCCAGUGGAAUCUGAUGGAGACACAGACGAGGAAGAAAGUGACGAUUAUUCUGAGGAAGACUACAUGUCCCAGUAUGCAUCUGAAACAGGAGGGGAGCCCAGUUCUUCAUGGCUCCGGUGUGCUCUACAAUGAUAGACAGUUCACUCAGCUGCCUGAAUGAGAGUACAGCACUGUAGACUGACAACAAGGAGGGAGGAAGGGAGGGAGGGAGGGAAAGCGAUAGAGAGAGGGGGAGUGAAGUGUGACAGAUUGAGAAGAGGGGGAGAAGCAGAAGGUGGGGAAGAUUGACAGAUUGUUUUCUGUAUAACUGUUGUUCAUAAAUACUGUUUGAAAUAAACUUGCCAAAUUGUGA